AUGGCCGCGCAAGCUCGGCUGCGGCUCCUCUCCACCCUAACAUUCCUAGUAGUCCACGUGGCGACAACAGCACCUGCUGCCGCGACAAGCUGCCCGCCGAGGACAUGUGGCAACCUGACCAUCGCCUACCCAUUCUGGCUCCCGGACCAGCAGCCUUCCUCCUCCUCGGCGCCGCCGUGCGGGCCGAGCGCCUUCCAGGUGGACAGCCACGGCGGCCGUGCGUCGCUGGCGCGCUCGUUCGAACAGGAGACACCUAGCUAG